AUGUCAGCUGGAUCAGAGGCCAGGCUCUGCUGGGGCAGGUCCCCUACAAAAGAGGCAAGAUGCACCAUCAUCCUGGACGGCCCCCCGGGAGUUGAGGACCAGACCCCUGACCGUUGCUCCUCCUCAACAGGUGCAGAGGGGCCCUCCUCAUCACAGAGGCCACUUCUGAAGCUGGGGCCCCCCAGGGUAGCAGCAGCGGCCAGGAGGUCCACUCAGAGCAUCCACUACCUGAAGCCUGUGGCUCUGCGCCUGCCACCUGGGAUCCCAGAGUCCCCAAGUCACCAGCGGCGCCACACACUCCCCACCGAGUUUUGCUGCCUCACCCCAGAGGAUGCUCCUGGCGUGUCUGAGAUUGAGUGAAAGGCCUUCAUCUCUGUCUCGGGCAUCUGCCCCCUGAACCUGGACCAGGUCCGGCACUUCCUGGCCCUGUGUCCUGAGCUGUCCCUGGACUGGUUCGUGGAGGGCCGCCUCGUGGCCUUCAUCGUCGGCUCCCUGUGGGCUGAGGAGAGACUCACUCUGGGGUCGCUGACACUGCACAGGCCCGAGGGCCACACGGCCCACCUGCACGUGCUGGCCGUGCUGCCCCUCCGGAGGCAGGGCAAGGGCUCCAUCCUGCUCCGGCGCCACCUGCACCACCUGGGCGGCCAUCCGGGCGUGCACCUGGCCGUGCUCACGUGCGAGGACAGGCUGGUGCCCUUCUACCAGAGGUUCGGCUUCCACCCUGUGGGCCCGUGUGCCGUGGGCUCACUCGCCUGGGAGAUGUAGUGCUCCCUGCGGGGCCACGCCUCCCCGCGCAGGCACACCGACUGCUGAACUGGCCGCCCCCGGGGAGCCCACAGACGGGUGCCAGGGGUGUGGGGAGGCAGGCUGGGGGCUCCUACCCAGUCCCGCUGUCCCCUUCUCUGCCCUGCUGUCGCUCAGCUCAGCUCAGUCUGAAGGGAGACAGUGAUUCCCAGAGGGUCCUGGGGUGGGGGGUGGGGGUGAAAUAAAGAGAGGGCGGGGCGGCUGCUCCCGGCCCAGGCUCCCCUGCUGGGGCACGAGUGCUGUAUCCUCCAGUCUGUCCACGCGAGGCCUCCUGGACCCCCUGCAUCCAAACUGUGCCCACACGUGGCUGGGUGGGUGAAUUGGGGACAGUGGGAGGCGGCCUGCAGCCCUGCUUCAGCGUCCUCACCAAAGGAGCCGGGUGCCCAGGGGGCCCUUAUUCCCCCAGGCCCAGCGCUGCCCCUUCCCAUCCUCAUCCCUGGAAUGGAGGCAGCCGGGAGCAGGGAAGGGCAGGGGCCACCUCCCAGCUUCCCCAC